AUGGAACACCGCAAAAUCGAACUCCAGUCCCCAAGCGAUCUCACCUAUCUCACCAACCAGAUCCGCACCGCCGCGCGACAGAAACUCGAUCUCCACCUGCCCCCAGUCCCCUCUACAGAUGAGACCGCAAACGCGCCGGAUGAACUACGACGGAGCGUAGAAGACUUGGUCGAGAUUUUUGUUGCGCAAGUGUUACAAGGAAUGCGGCAAAACAUCAGUAUCAACGGCAUCGACGUUGUCCAGAGCGAUUCAGAAGACGGGGUAGCAAAUGGGGACAGGGACAGGAUGGAUAUCGAUGGGGGGAGUGGUGGAUUGAACAAUGGCAGAGGGGCCGAGUCACUAGUAGAAACCGUCGAAUACGAAGCCUUUGACGAUAAACUACGAACGCAGCUUUCCUCUACGGUGGCUAGACGCGAUGCGCUGAUUGCAAAGAUCAGUCAGCAGCGGCGGACGACGCCCAAGGUUGCGGCCGAAGAGUGGAUCAGGAGCUUCGAGGCGGAGAGUAAAACGUGGAGGGAGAUGCAGCAAGCGGCGCAUGAGCGGCAAGGAGGUGAUGAUAAUGGUGAUGGAGUAUUGGCUGGUGUGGAUGCGUUGGAGAGGCAGGAAGAGGUGGAGAGGAAUUGGGAGAAGGCGGUGUUGGCGUUGCACAAGUUGAACAAGGGGUUACCCGAGACGAGGGCGAGCAUGUUUUCGCUGGCUCGCAUGUCUGUGUUGCCGGGUGGUGUUAGGGAGCUUGCGGCCAGCUCGCGCCUGGGAUCGCUGUCUCGAACGAGUGCUUUGAUAAACGGAAGGUAUGGAAAGAGCUUGGAACAGAGAAGGGGAAUAACGAUUGACAAGUUGGAUGAAGGGAGAGGCAACCGCGAGCGCGUAGUCAUCCUAGGAUCCGGAUGGGCAGGCUUCACAGUCGCCCGCUCUCUCGACGCCUCGAAAUUCCAAACCCUCGUUGUAUCUCCCCGUUCCUACUUCGCCUUCACGCCCCUCCUGGCCUCUACCGCAGUCGGCACCUUGGAAUUCCGCACUGCCCUCGAACCCGUGCGCAGCCGACGAACAAAAGUCGAAUUCUUCCAAGGAUGGGCCGACGAUGUGGAUUUCAAGAAUAGGACGAUUACAAUUGAAGAGGCGGUUGAUGAUCCAAAGCAAGGUGUUGCGUUGACUACAGAUCGGCACGCAGGCGAGACCAAGGAAGAGAGGGAGGUGGAGAGGAAGAAGGAGGCUAAAGUGGGGAAAUUGUUCGAUGUUCAGUAUGACAAGUUGAUUGUGACGGUAGGAUGUUAUAGCCAGACAUUUGGUACCCCAGGUGUCAAGGAACACGCUUUCUUCCUCAAGGACGUGGGCGAUGCGCGUAGGAUCCGGAAUCGCAUCUUAGCAUGCUUUGAAGGCGCGGCGCUACCUACCACUUCUGUUGAGAUGAAGAAGCAGUUGCUCAACUUUGCUGUUGUGGGGGGUGGGCCUACGGGAAUCGAGUUCAGUGCCGAGCUGCACGACUUGAUUAAUGAAGAUAUGAAGAAGUUGUACCCGGAACUCAUUCAGUACCAUAAGAUUACUGUUUACGAUGUUGCGGAGAAGGUUCUGCCGAUGUUUGACAAGAAACUCGCGGGGUAUGCGAUGCAGAAGUUUAAGCGUAGAGGUAUUGAUAUCAAGACGAGUCACCAUGUGGAGGAGCUGAGGCCGGGAGCGCCGGCUGAGAGGGGUAUGUCGGAUGAUAUCGACAAUUACCAUUUGUAUACGCUCAAGGUCAAGGAGGAGGGUGAGAUUGGUGUAGGCAUGUGCGUCUGGAGUACAGGACUCAUGCAGAAUCCCUUCGUCGACCACGCACUUUCCUCCGUCCGCGAGGCACCCACCGACCUACAUCUCCCAUCCUCAUCCUCCUCCUCCUCUUCCGCACUCAACAAAGACGUAAAAUGGAUAGUCAAGAAAGACCCGAAAUCCGGCUCUAUCAUCACCGACGAUCACCUCCGCGUUAAGCUAAUCCCUUCCUCUUCCUCAUUCUCAUCCGAACAUAGCAGCUCCACAACAACCGAAGCAAUACAUCCCUCCGUCUUCGCCCUCGGCGACUGCGGCAUCAUUCAAGACACGACCUACCCCGCCACCGCACAAGUCGCAUCUCAAAAGGCCUUUUGGCUCGCCAAACGGCUAAACAAGGGCGAUUUAUCCCCGUCCUCGCGUUCAGAGUCCAAGGGAUUUACAUACAAAGAUCUCGGUACGCUGGCAUAUAUUGGUAAUUGGAAUGCCUUGUUCCAGGGAGGAGGCAAGUGGGGUGGAAGAUUGCAGGGUUGGAGGAAUAAGGUUCUUGUGCCGGUUUAUUGGGCGGUUAAUUGGGUGUUUGGGAGGGAUGUUAGUAGGUUUUAG